CUUAAGCGCCGGGUUGGUGACGGUGCCGCGGGUGACAUGGCGGCGGUGCGGGAGCGGUGCUGAAGGGAGGGGGACAGGCUGGACUCGGCAUCGCUGGAAGAGCUGCGGGACGGAGUUCGGCCAGGGCGAGGGAGAAGGGCAGGUAAACGGCCUGCAGGCGUUCAUGUGCAAGAGGGACUCGAGCUGACCAUGCCUGUCUGGUGAAAACGAAACUCAAACGCGAUGUCCCUGCUCUUUACUCGUUCCAAGUCAAUAGUUGCAGUGAAGAAGGAUAAAAGACACAUGGCUGAAGUAAAUGCUUCUCCACUUAAACAUUUUGUCACUGCAAAGAAGAAAAUCAAUGGUAUCUUUGAACAGUUGGCUGCAUACAUCAGUGAGAGCUCCUCGUUCCUGGAAGACACACACAAGAAUGUAGAGCUUGAUCCUGUCACCACAGAAGAGCAGGUACUGGAAGUCAAAGGCUACCUGUCGAAAGUGAAUGGCAUUAGUGAAGUGUUGGCGAGGCGACACAUGAAAGUUGCUUUUUUUGGCAGGACAAGCAAUGGGAAAAGCACUGUGAUAAAUGCCAUGCUGUGGGACAAAGUCCUUCCUUCCGGAAUUGGACACACCACUAAUUGUUUCCUGCGUGUAGAGGGGACAGAUGGACAUGAAGCUUUCCUGCUUACUGAAGGCUCAGAGGAAAAGAAAAGUGUUAAGACAGUAAACCAGCUGGCUCAUGCCCUUCAUCAAGAUGAACUUCUGAAUGCUGGCAGCCUAGUCAGUGUAAUGUGGCCCAAUUCCAAAUGUCCUCUCUUAAAGGAUGACUUGGUGCUGAUGGACAGCCCUGGCAUUGAUGUAACCACAGAGCUGGACAGCUGGAUUGACAAAUUCUGUCUAGAUGCUGACGUAUUUGUCCUGGUGGCAAAUUCUGAAUCAACGUUGAUGCAAACUGAGAAGCAGUUCUUUCACAAGGUGAAUGAACGUCUGUCUCGACCCAAUAUAUUUAUUUUAAAUAACCGCUGGGAUGCAUCUGCCUCUGAACCAGAAUACAUGGAAGAGGUGCGUCGUCAGCAUAUGGAGAGGUGCACCAGUUUCUUGGUAGAUGAGCUGGGUGUAGUGGACCGAGCCCAGGCAGGGGAUCGCAUUUUCUUUGUGUCAGCAAAAGAAGUGCUCAAUGCCAGGAUUCAGAAGGCUCAAGGGAUGCCAGAAGGAGGUGGAGCAUUGGCAGAUGGAUUUCAAGUAAGAAUGUUUGAGUUUCAGAACUUCGAGAGAAGAUUUGAGGAAUGUAUCUCACAGUCAGCAGUAAAAACUAAGUUUGAGCAGCACACGGUGAGAGCGAAGCAGAUUGCGGAAGAUGUUCGUCUCAUCAUGGAUUCUGUGCAUAUUGCUGCCCAGGAACAGCGAGUUUACUGUCUGGAAAUGCGAGAGGAGCGACAGGAGCGUUUAGGUUUCAUUGACAAACAGCUGGAGCUCCUUACUCAAGACUACAAACGGAAAAUAAGACAGAUCACAGAAGAAGUGGAGAGGCAGGUGUCAAAUGCAAUGGCAGAAGAAAUCCGACGGCUCUCAGUGCUAGUAGAUGAAUACCAAGCAGACUUCCAUCCAUCUCAAGUAGUUCUUAAAGUUUACAAAAGUGAGCUACAUAAACACAUUGAGGAAGGCCUGGGCCGUAACAUGUCAGAUCGUUGCUCCAAUGCAAUCACUGCUUCCCUGCAGACAAUGCAGCAAGAAAUGAUAGAUGGUUUAAAACCCCUUCUGCCAGUCUCUUUGAGGGGCCAGAUAGACAUGUUAAUUCCACGGCAGUGCUUCAUGCUCAGCUAUGAUCUGAACUGUGACAAGCUUUGUGCCGACUUCCAAGAGGACAUAGAAUUCCAUUUCUCUCUUGGAUGGACGAUGCUGGUGAACAGGUUUUUGGGACCAAAGAAUGGUCGUCGGGCCUUGAUGGGCUAUAAUGACCAGGUUCAACGCCCUUUAACACCAGCAAAUCCCAGUCUGCCUCCUUUGCCUCAGGGCUCUAUGACCCAGGAAGAGCUCAUGGUGUCGAUGGUGACUGGACUGGCCUCAUUGACUUCCAGAACUUCCAUGGGGAUCAUCGUGGUUGGUGGUGUGGUCUGGAAGGCUGUGGGUUGGAGAUUGAUUGCUCUCUCUUUAGGCCUUUAUGGGCUCCUUUAUGUAUAUGAGCGCCUCACCUGGACCACAAAAGCGAAGGAGAGAGCUUUCAAGAGACAGUUUGUAGAGUAUGCUGGUGAAAAAUUGCAGCUCAUUGUCAGUUACACAGGUUCUAAUUGCAGCCACCAAGUCCAACAAGAGCUGGCUGGGACGUUUGCUCAUUUGUGUCAGCAAGUGGAUGUCACACGAGAGAAUCUUGAGCAGGAAAUUUCUGCCAUGAAUAAAAAAAUUGAAAUCCUGGAUUCACUGCAGAGCAAAGCAAAACUGCUCAGGAAUAAAGCUGGUUGGCUUGACAGCGAGCUCAACAUGUUCACACAUCAGUACCUGCAGCAAAGCAGAUAGUGUGGGAAGAACAGAAAACCAAUGCUGUUUCCCUUCAGUGCUCUCUUAAUUACUCCAGAGAACAUGGUGGGUGAUGGAAUUCCCUGAAGGGAAUAGGCAAAAGCCUAUUGCUGUUUCCAGUUGCUGUGUGAAUGAUAGGAGUCUGCUUCCCUGUUCUGUGUCCCACCUCUAAGCACUAGCUGUUGAUAACUCUUCCUUCCUGUGAGACCAGGCUACUUCAGAAGGAAUGUGUGCUUCAUACAUUCACAGGGGCUUUUUAAAGCAAAAUCAAAUACAGUAAUAAGUUGAUUUAUCAGGCUAAAAGUUACUCUGACACAUCUUUAAAGACUCCUUCAUUUUACUAUAUGAAGGUAGAUCUUUUGACUUCCAAGCCCCGAGUUUAUGUAUGAGUGACAAAUAGCAGUUUGUCUAAACCCAGAUCCCUUGCACAGAGGUGUAACGAUGGUUUCACAAUGAAUUUAUAGCCCAUGCAGGCCUCUCUCUUAGGUUAAUGUUCCAUUAUUAUAGACUAUGACAGAGAAUCACCAUGUCCCUUCGUAGAAAGGUUUAUUACUGUCAAGAUGUUUAAACCAAUGAACAAAACCCAGUUCUCUUCCAGAGCAAGAGGGACUAAGAUUUUGCUUUAGUAAGCUUAUUGUCUUUGGAGUUAGUUUGUUCUCGUUAAGAACAACUUAGUAUGCAGUCUGACCCGUUUCAUAUCAUGGACAAAUAGUUUGCAAGGUCAUAACUAGGUCCUGUUAAGGGGGUAGUACUGAGAAUCUGGCAGCUUUUUGAGGAAGAGAAAUGGGAAAAACCCCUCAGUUGACAGAAUGUAUGAACAACCUGAUGAGUUGAUGACUGUGGGGUCCUUUUUUGGAAACACACAGCUGUGUGUCUGGAAGCAGGCCUUUGGAAUUCCAUUACCACAAUUUGGCCAUAAAACCAGCAUGAGGAUUACAAGCUGUAAGAGAUUUUGCUUCAUGUAGAGUUCCCAUAGGAUGUGACAGUCCAUGCAGUAAUAUGAUUUGAUUUUGUUUCUCUUCUGUUAAAAGUAUGAGAAUGAGCUGGAAGUGGAGCUCCUCUGGAGAGGGGGAAGACCUGUCCCUUUUAUGUUGUGCCAGGGCAAGAAUGGGUCACAGCAACUCUUUUUUUUUUUUAGACAUUAUUUAUUUUCAAAUAGAUUAAAUUAAUCAUUGAGGAUUGCCCUGAAGCAGUUUUGAAUUUGGAGUGACAGAUUUGGGAAUUACAAGGACUUGAGUCUUUUCCUGUUGGAGUUGAUAAAGGAGACAUUUCCACUAAUUUUACUUGUACCAGGAUAAGGUUCCUAUGUUACAAAGUUUCUUUUCCACUUGGUGGGUCAGUAUUUCGCCAUGUGUUGGCUAUAACCUUUUGGUUCCCCACAAAAUGUCUGAGGAAUCCAGAAUUGGAUCCUGUAGUUCUGAGGUUAGUGAGAACCUGAAUCUGGUCAAGUGUCAAACUUCAGAGCAUAUAUGGGCUCUCCUUGAGGAGGCCCCAGGUGAGGUCAGAGCUACUGACAGUGAGGGUUUUUUUCUUACUGUGACAGACUUUUCACUUGCAGAUGGUAUCAGCUGGCCUUAGGAUUUCUCAUUCAUGCUCAGGUGUGCAUGUAUGUUCCUGUGACAAGUCCCUUGUUUCAUAUGUCACAGAAAUUCCAGAAAGAAGCAGUUGCCUGAUACUUGAGGGAGUAAAAAUAGUGAAAUGUCAGUAAGUACUUUAGGCUGUUUUGAGCUUUGCAGUAAGACCUGAAGUAUCUCGAUUGUGUAGGAGCUGACAGUGAGACUCUUGUUCUGUCUCUGGAAUGCAGGAAGCAAACAUUCCACUUCCAGCAGACAACUUUGACUCCAAACCAAACUGAAAAGCUGUUUUCAUCAGAGGGCUGCCUUGGCCUUGGUUGGUUUCUUCAGGCAACCACCAGGACAUAAAUACAUCUUGGAUCAGAUCCAAAAGGGAGUAAGGAAGAAAUUUGAGUCCUUGCCUCUGGAAAUGUGUUCUGUAGGCUUGUGGUGAAGUAUGCCAGAGUAAGUGGAGUUACUGUACCGUGGGUAUUAUGUGAAUAAAUCCAGAUUUCUAGUCUCUCAAGCUAUCAUGUACACAGCUCUAACAGGCUGUGUGCUGUGCUGUUGAGCUAAAACAUUCAGCACAUCCCUAAUACACCAGGAAAUUGUCAGUGCCAGGUAGGGGAAGAUGAAGAUAUAUCACUGCUCAGCAGUUCUAGGCUGACUGAAAUGCUAAGCUUGCUUUAAAGGCAUGUGGUAGCAUCUCUUCAUCAGACCUUUAGGGGAAAUCUGAUAAAUGAGCUGAUCUUCAAGCCAAUAUCUGAUCUGUGAAGGGAAGAGAGAGUGAGGUGCUCUUAGAAUCUGGGGUCUUGGCAGCGUGUGUGUUCCCACAACUGUUCAGGUUGUGAUGGUGUAGGCAUUGCCAUUGCUGUGCUGAAAUGUAACCUGUAGAACAGGGAAAGAAGCACUUGAAAGUUUUAAGAAGCAAAGCUGCUAACAUGGGAGGCAGGAAUGUUUUCAGUGUGUGUGUAACCUGUGUCUUUAGAAGCCUGAGUAUCAACAAUCAGACUUUUAACAGAAAGGUCUAUGAGCUGGAAUCCUGUACAACAGAAUGCAACUGUACUUCUUUAACUCAGAGUGGUGGAGGAACAAACACUUAUGAGCAAGGAGCCUGUUCUCUUC